GGACUUCAUUUUUCAGCGUCUAAACUGAAACAAACAUGAGCGGAAGAGGAAAGACCGGUGGAAAGGCGAGGGCAAAGGCAAAGACCCGUUCCUCCCGUGCCGGGCUCCAGUUCCCUGUGGGCCGUGUUCAUAGACUCCUCCGCAAGGGCAACUAUGCGGAGCGUGUCGGUGCCGGGGCCCCGGUCUAUCUGGCGGCUGUGCUGGAGUAUCUGACCGCUGAGAUUUUGGAGCUGGCUGGAAACGCGGCCCGGGACAACAAGAAGACCCGCAUCAUCCCCCGUCACCUCCAGCUGGCCGUCCGCAACGACGAGGAGCUCAACAAGCUGCUGGGCGGAGUGACCAUCGCUCAGGGCGGCGUGCUGCCCAACAUCCAGGCUGUUCUCUUGCCCAAGAAGACCGACAAGACCGCCAAGAAGUAGAUCCACACACAAACUUCAGCCCAGUACAACAAAGGCUCUUUUAAGAGCCACACCAACUGAUAGAAAGCAGUGCUCCUGUUUUGAUACCAUGUUGGUACUAUUUUACGGCAGGUCAGAUACUGACGAUUGUUUUAGACUUCAAAUAGGAUCUGGAGAAAAAUGCUAUGACUAACCAACUUCAGAAACAAACCAACUAAACGUGGUUCUAUUUUAAUGUUGCAACCACAUUUUAUAAAUGUCAAAUUUUGAGCUAAAGUGUCUUGAGUAAAUUAAAAGUGUGUCAUAGAACGAUAUAUAGUAGUCCGGUUUGUAAUUUUCGAGGUCUUGUACCAUAA